AUGCAAAUAUCAAUUAUUGUGGAAUUUUUACUUUUAUUUAUUCUUUCAAAUAAUCGUCGUCGUUCAAUAUAUUUAAUUUAUGCUGAUUCAGCAUCAUGUCGUAAACAAGUUGAAUGUUUUGUAUGUGAUUCACGAGAAAUUCAAGCAUGUGAAGAUUCAAGAAAUUUUUCUCAAGUACAAAUUCCAACACGUUUAUGCGAUGAUUAUUGUUUAAAAAUGUGGACACGUGAGAAUGAUAGUAUUAUAGGAGAUAAUAAAACAAGUGCAUUACGUUAUGUUAGACGUGAUUGUCAUAAAAUAUUUCAAUAUCAUAUAAAAAAAGCUGAAACAUGUUAUAAACAUAAAAAACAUCGGACAGAUUCACUUUGUUUAUGUGGUUCCGAUAGAUGUAAUUCAGCUAUUGUUCAUUAUAGAAAACAACGAACGUAUUGGAUUUCUUCUUUUAUUUUUAUUUUUUAUUUUUUAUUGUAUUAA